CCGGAAUGGCGACAACCGGAAGCCAUGGUUGGCGGAAUCUUGUUUGCAGGUGGCUUGUUUUGGCUUGGUUGGUCAGGCUAUCGUGAGGAAGUCCACUGGAUCGUGCCAAUCAUCGGGGGCGCAGUCACUGGAUUUGGCAUUUCUCUCGUCUUUCUACGGCAAUUCAAUUAUCUAAUCGAUGUUUAUACCAUACUCGCAGCAUCAGCGCUUGCAGCAAAUGUUUCUCUACGCUCGAUACUCGGCGCCGUAUUUCCUCUCUUUGCAUCCUACGUGUUCAAAGGCAUUGGCAUCCAGUGGUCUCUUACGCUAUUGGGAUGCGUCACUUCAUUGCUUGCGCUUGUGCCAUUUGUAUUGCACGUCAAGGGCGCUCAAAUUUGCAGAAUCAGCAAGUACACUCCA